CUCUCAACCAAUCCGCAUACCCUCUCUACUCUCUCUUUGAUUAAUUGUCCAUAUAAUUAUCGUGCUGCAUAUACUUAACAUGCACCUCAAUAUACUCUAUACCCUCUAGCUCUUCCCCCUCUGAUCUCUUUUACCCUAUACCCUCUCCACCUUUUCCACCCUGUCUCCUUCCUCCUCCCCGCCUUCCAUACUAGGAGAGUCAUAUGUGAGAUAGCUGCUAGAGCUACUCCCGGACGUGCCAAAUCCUUACGCGCACGUUCUUACAGGCAUCUGUCUCCGCACACCCCUUGUCUAUCGGCCGAAUUGCACAAACGCAGUAAUAAAUUUGUCCCAUCCCUACAUGGGAAUUGGUUAAUAUCCUACCCACAUGGUUUCAAUACCCCGAAACUUAACAAUUUUCAUACAUCAUACAUACUCUUACCUACAUACAGCACGACGUCGGGUGACUUCCGACGCGGAAACGCAGGAAGAUCUUUUGUCUUUUAACCGCCCUAUAUACAUAUAUAUAUAUAUAAUGGCGACCUGCAGAACCCCGCUGUAUUUCGCAGUUUUGUCGUAACACAGAUCUAGAGGAUCCCCAGUGCAUACCGAUCUCGCCGCCCACUCGACACCCACCCGCCAUUGUUGGCCAACCUCCAGACCGCAUUCUCGAACCACUCCACCAACCAAAACACAUUCUUCAGCUAUAUACAAUCCGAGGGGGAGUUGAUCGUGCGUGCGCAUGAAGUAGCACGACGAUAUGUUUAAGAUCAAUGAGGGCGACGUGCCGUUCGUGCGCACACGGCGGGCGCUACUCGUCCUCGACCUCCAAAAGAACCUCGUUGCACCCGGAGGGAUAACACCCGUCGAACUACCACCAAAUCUCGCCGACCAUGUAGCGAAACUGAUCCCCGUUUUCCGACAAUCCGGUACAGUCAUUUGGGUCAAAAGCGAAUUCGAGCAAGCCCGUCGUAUAAAUGAUGGCACAAGUCGAUGCGAAAAUGUUAUCACCGACGACGAGGUCGUGAUGCGCCCUCCGAAGCCAUCUCCCUCCAGACACUCAUUACGAGGUUCCAAAAAAUUACAAGCGAUGAUGGAGAAGCUUGCUACUGAAGCUUCUGCGGAAUCUUCUGGGUCGGCCGAUUUGGAAGGAGCAGGGCCGAUUGAGGUGGAUGAUAAAACUACACCCGAUGAGCCAGAGGAGCCGGUGGAAGAAAGCGAGGCUUUCCUGUCUUUGGAGCCUGGGAAGGAACACAUGUCGCUCAAGGGCAGGGCAUCCGAUUCUGGUCUGGUACCUGCUUUGGAAGCUGUGGUGGACCAAUCCAAGGACAUGUUCUUCACGAAGUCGUACUACUCUGCGUUCAAAUCGAGUCCAUUGCUACAGACUCUGAGGAGCCAGUUUGUCACGGAGAUUUUCAUAUGCGGAGCUCUGACAAAUAUGAGCGUGUUCGCAACGGCAAUGGACGCCGCACGUUACGGAUACGCAAUUACUCUUGUCGACGACUGCCUGGGCUACCGAAGCAAGGCCAGACAUGACCAAGCUCUACGGUCUCUAGACGAGGCGACUGGCUGCGACAUGUCCACUAGCUCAUACGUCAUUGAAGAGAUUCAGAAGAAGCCCAAGCAAUCGUCUAAAGUUGAAAAGACGGCAUCGAAAAGGCCGGUACGUCAAAACCCGGACAGCGAAAAUAUUAACCAGAUGCUGGAAAAGUUGAAGCUGAAAAGUGAUCCGAAAGCAGCUUCAAUCGCGGAGCCCGUCCCCGGAAAGGCUGUUCAGAAGGAUGUGAAUACCCAAACUUCAGCUGUGCGCGAUGGAUCUGCACCCAAUGAAGCCACGACUUCGGAUGCGCCGGUGCCUGAGGCGUCGCAACCCCGACCAACAGCUGAAGCUACUAUCAAGAGCCGUGUUCCGAACAAAAUCAAAAUUCGUCGCCGUACGUCAAACCGUGUGGCUCCCGAGUCUGGCGAGAGCAAGUCUAGAGUUGAUCCAAAGCAAUCGAAGGGGACAGCGUCGCCCUCACCGUCCGCUACUAUGGCUCCUGUGGAAAGCUCGGUGAAGGGCAAGGAAAAGGCGAAAGAUGAGUCAAAUGGCGUUACGCCAGUACCAGAGAAGCCAACCCCGACGCCUCGAACCCAAGAAAAUGAGCCGAGUAAGAAGGAAUCGAUUGUUUCUCCACCUGCUCCCACUGGUAAGGCUGCCGUGGUAGCUCCGAUACCAGCAAAGGAGAACGGUCUGAAGGCAGAUGAGCAACCUUCGAGCAGUGACAGCGAUGAAUCAUCUUUAACCUCCACAGAAGGAGAGCCGAUUUGCGAGGGCGACACAGUUAUUAUAACUGAUCUGCUUCCGAGUAAAGACGAGGCAGGGAUAUUUGAGAGGGUCAAGACAGAGGUACAGUGGCAGAGGAUGUCGCACCAAGGUGGGGAGGUUCCGAGGCUAGUCGCUGUUCAGGGUGAGAUAGGAAAAGAUGGAAGCAUUCCUAUCUAUCGACACCCGGCAGAUGAGUCUCCGCCACUGCUCGAAUUCUCUCCCGUAGUAAACGUCAUUCGGCGGGAAGUCGAGAAGAAGCUAGGUCACCCAGUCAACCACUGCCUGAUCCAGCUUUACCGUAGCGGAACCGACUACAUCUCAGAGCACAGUGAUAAGACCCUAGAUAUCGUUCCUGACACCUAUAUCGCCAAUGUAAGCCUCGGGGCUCAACGCACCAUGACUUUCAGAACCAAGAGAAUCCUAAAGGAUGGAAAACAGCUCCAAACAGACGAGGAAAACCCGCGUUCAACAUGCAAAGCUGCACUACCUCAUAACUCCCUAUGCCGCAUGGGCCUAAUGACCAACAUGCGCUGGCUCCACAGCAUCCGCCAAGACAAGCGCCUCGAGCGUGACAAAUCCCCCGAAGAGCUCGAGUACAGCGGCGUGCGCAUCUCCCUAACCUUCCGCCUCAUCGGCACCUUCCUCGACAAAGACCAAGCCAAAGUUUGGGGUCAAGGCGCCGUCGCAAAACACAAGCGCCACGCGCGCCCUGUUGUCAACGGACCCACGCCUGUUGCUCAGAAGAUGAUCGAGGCUUUUGGGACUGAGAACCGCUCUAGCGACUUCGACUGGCCCGAGGUAUACGGCCAGGGUUUCGACGCUCUCCACAUCUCCAAUACUCGCAAACUCCUAUUGUCAGGCAACCCCACCGUCGAUAUUGGAAUCGUAGCAUACCUCGCACAACUGGGCCUAGACUGGACCUCAAGCAGCAUCGCCGCACCCGUCGACCCCAGUCUCGGGACGGCAGACGCACCGGUCAUGAAGUUAGUCGACACGGACCUCAGUCGCUCUACCAUCGAGAGCCCCUCUGCCAUCUUCCUGUACCUAUACAUGGUCUACGCCGCGCCCUCUCCCGCACCCACCCCACUCCAGUACUCUCGCCUCUUCACGCGCCUCCAUCACGCCCUCGACCUCGGUGCGCGCCGCAAGAGCGAUCCGCGCGCCCUAGACGCAUGGGAGACGUACGCGGCUGAGGAUGCGUUCAUAGCUGGGUCAGCGCCGUCGAUUGCCGAUUUUGCGUUUUGGCCGGUGCUGAGGGCGAUUGUGGCUGCGAGGGGCGGUGGGGAUGAGUUUCCGAGGCUGAAGGCGUAUUUUAGACGGAUGGGGGAGUUGGAGGCUGUUAAGGAGGCGGUGGUGGCUGUGGAGGAGGGGAAGGAGGAAGUGGGGAAGAAGGAGUGAGGGCAUGGUGGGAGUGGCCAAAAUUUAGCAGGGGAGCGGGCAUAUGUUGAGAUAUCUUUUUUGUAGCGAUUAGCGUUGAGCAAUUUUUGGGGGAUCUUGGGUUUGGGAUUUGGGAUUGGGGGUAUUAAUGAGGCAUUGGGAGGGUCAUGUCAUAGAUUUAUAUGGUGGGAGGAAUUUAUAUCCAUUCUAGGCUG